AUGGAGCCAGCUGAGGCGCAGCGCAAUACUCGCUUCGAAAUAGAGGAACUGUUUAUCCACGCCAAGGUUUGCGUUCAGGAGCAACUUGGACCAGACGCUAACAGCACCGGCAUUCAUGAAUCUACGGUUAAUUUUGGGCACACAUCUGCAGUUAAGCUCCCGCGCUUAUCAUUGCCGACAUUUGACGGCAAAUACUGCGAGUACCAAAACUUUAUCUUGUCGUUUAACCAAGUUAUUGGCCACCAGCCAUCCAUGUCUAAGAUCGAGAAGUUCAACCAGUUGUUAAACUGUCUUCGAGGACCAGCCCUUGAAACGGUUCGAGCUUUCCAGGUGACCGCAGACAACUACACAAAGGCUCUGGACCGCUUAAAGCAGCGCUAUGACAACCCGACUCUCGUAUUUUUGGAUAACAUAUCGUCACUCUUCGCAUUGCCAACUGUCGCCAAGUCAAAUGGUCAGCAGUUGCGCAGCCUAAUCGAUAAUGCAUCCGCAUUAUACAACUCGUUGCGUUCGUUGAGCACCGAGCCACAGAUUUGCGAGGCCAUGCUCAUCUCCAUAGUUAUGGGCAAAGUGGACCAGGAGACUAAGAGGAAGUGGAAUGAGUCGCUGGACUACACUACGUUGCCUUCGUGGGACAAAUGCGUUGGAGUCGUUGAACGUCAUUGUCAAUAUUUGGAAUCGGAUAAGAAGCCUCCUGCUGAAGCCCCUAUGAGUCAACCAGGUGGCCAUAGGUCGCGCUCGCAGACGAAUCAGGCAAGUCUGUCCUUCAAUUGCACCACACAAACUUGUAACAUCUGUUCACAGACAGACCGCAAGACCUUUAGAUGGGGUAACGACAUAUGUCGUCGCGACAUAUCUCAUCCGAAAUUAAAUCGACAUACCUCUUAG